CACGUCACACACUCUGAACUUAAGCCACGACAAAGCACUCAAAAUUGGAGAUUACGCUCAUCAAUAAGCACUCGCUGAAUGAACAGGGCUUGAACUCCACCCCUACUCCAUCUCUUGCACAAUGAAAUAGUCCCCACGAAAAGCCCUGGCUUCCUCCCUCCUCCUCGCCCCGCUGUCCGAGCUUGAAUGCAGCACGGGGACCCCACUGCGCCCAAGGUCCCUUCCACCCCCAGAAGCCAGCGCAGAACCCCAACCCAAGAGCUGGAAGAGGAAGAGCUUCGCGCACCACCGGGACUGCCAUCUUGGCUGCGGCGGCCGGAAGUGCCCGGGCGCGCGGGCGUAAGUGAGGCUGCGCGGUGGCGGCGGCGGCGGCGGCGGCGCUGCAGGUAUCGGGCGUCUGGUGUGCCGCAGGAGCGGUUCCGAGCUCCGAGCGGUGCCGCCCAGCAGCCACGCAGCGCCCUGUGCGGUAGCUCCUAGUCCUCCUCCCGCCGCCCCAGCCGCCGUCCCACCCCUCCGCCGGAGUUUGCGCUGCGGCUCGCACACGCCUCGACUCGGGUACGCGCUGUGCACCUGCCUGCCCGAAAACAUGAAGCAUAGACCCGAGGGCGGGGGUCUUCCGACGCCUCAGGCCGAGGUGGGGCAGGACGGCGGCUGUGACGGUGCGACCCAGGCCCUGACGGCGUGGCGGGAGGCAGCCCCGAGCCGCCUCCUGCAGGAGAGUCCCGGGGAGGACCUUGGUGCCGCGAGGGAGGAGGAGGGUGCGGAGCCCGCCGUCAUCCGCAGAGGCGCCGGGGUCUUGACCGCCGAAGCCCCGGUGAGUCGGACGGUGGCUGAGUUGCUGCAGUUCCUGCUAGGGAAGGGCAGAAAGAGCCCCGUCACCCUCUCCGGGAUGGUGAAAUGCGUUACGGGAGACUUGAAGGAGCUGUUCCCACAGAGCGUUCUGCGGGGUGUCUUUGGUUUGAGCUGAAGCGGCUACAGGCACCACUCUUAGAUCCUGAUCAGAAGCCUCGCACCUCUGCGGGGGCCGGGGGGGGCGGAGGAUGUGGGAGGAGAUGGCCCCAGGUUGGUUCUCUUAGUGAUGCUCUUGUCUUUUCUACCUGAAAGGUAUUGCGCCAGGGAGGCCCAGGUCUGGGCGAUGCUGCGGCACUUGGGGGGUGUGUCCCUUAGGUACCCGAAGAUUCGGGUUUAUUACAGAAGAUUUGUGCAGCAGCAGUACCUCACUCACAGGCAGGUGCCUCACUUCAAUCCACCAGAGUAUAAAUUCUGUUGGGAUCGCAGAAGCAACCCGGAAGUCAUGAAGAUGGAAGUCCUGGGGUUCGUGGCCAAGCUCCGUAAGGAAGAACCCCAGCACUGGCCAGUACAGUCCCGUGAGGCCCUCGCAGAGGAGGCCGACAGGGCCAGAGCAAUGCUGAUGUGGGGGCCGGCAUGGUGGCAAGGUGGGCGGCAGGGGCCGAGGGCAUGAAAGCUGUCUCUUGAAUCCUAGAGUGUUAGGGGAGGCGUUAUUUCUGUAGAAAUUGUGGAACUUUAGGAUUUAGGUUUUGUAUCUUGUUAACCUUUUGUUACAUGUAAUAGACUUUUAAAUUGCUGUUUAUAGGUGAAGUCUGUCUACUUUUUCCUGUAAGCUCUUCUUGUAGAGUUUCCUGCAAAACUGGCUUUUUGAGAAAGUUUGUAUUUUACUCUGUGACCUUGGACGGAUUAUGCAACAUUGUAGUGCUGUGCUUUAAUGACUUGAAGGAAUGAAGCAAUGUGAUGAUCUGGUACCGGGGGAAAUAGCUGAUGGUAUCCAGUCUCUGAACACCUUUUGUCAGUUGUAUGAAACAACAUGGACGUGUACUUCUAUUAGCCUAACUAUUAUAGUGACUAGAGGAAAAGUUCAAUAUGUUAGAAAGAUAUCCUGCUGCACUUAAUAAAUUCAAAGUAUUGAGCA